AUGAGCCCGAUUCUGUUCCUUUUGCUUCUGUUUCUGCGGACCGCGGAGCUCCGUCACGUCCACACAGACCGUGAGUUUCACCCCGGGUCCGCGCUGGCGGUGCAGCGGGCGGAGGAUGCUGCUGCGGAUACAAAAGAGUUUCUCUCCCCGGAAAGGACUUCUCUGGACCGGGUUGAAAGCGCAAAAGUUUCCGACCCGAAUCGAGUCGCCCGAGGAGCCAAAGAUAGGAAUGCGGGUAAAAGAGACCCGCACUCCCCGAGCAGUUUCGGACAUCCUCGGCGGUACGACGACCCGAGCGGUUACUUCACCACACCGCGGACCGGUCGGGACGCCUCCGCCCCGCCGGGUAACUCCUCGUCAGGCCACGGGUCCGGGCUCCUCAACCCGCUGUUCCCGGUCACCGACGGCUCCUACUGGGCCUACGCAGUCAUGCUGCUCGCGCUCGUGCUGUUCGCGGCGGGCAUCGUGGGGAACCUCGCGCUCAUGUGCAUCGUGUGGCAUAACUUCUACCUUAAGAGCGCGUGGAACUGCAUCCUGGCGGGGCUCGCGUUCUGGGAUUUCCUCGUGCUGUUCUUCUGCCUUCCUGUGGUCGUCUUCCACGAGCUCACCUUGAAGAGGUUGCUAGGAGACCUGUCCUGUCGGCUCGUGCCCUAUCUGGAGGUGACCUCUCUGGGAGUGGCCACAUUCAGCCUCUGUGCUCUGAGUAUUGAUCGUUUCCAUGCAGCCACCGGCCCUGGGUCCCUUCAGACGCCGAAGGUGGAGCCCUGCCAGUCCAUCUUGUCCAAGCUGUCCGUCAUCUGGGUGGGCUCCAUGGUGCUGGCCGCCCCGGAGCUGCUGCUGUGGCAGCUCCUCCAGGAAACCGUCAGCCUGCCGACGCUCCCCACCGACCUGCAGCAGAGCCAGCCGGGAGGCUCACUGAUGGCUGCCUUCAGGGCCCGGACAGACAAAUUUAAGGUGGAUAUCUGUGUCCGUGAGCCGUCUGCGGAGCUCCCUGACAGCAUCUACUCUCUGGUGCUGACCUACCACGAGGCCCGCAUGUGGUGGUUCUUUGGGUGCUACAUCUGUUUGCCUCUGCUCUUCACUCUGGCCUGCGACUUGGUGACGAGGCAAGUGUUAGCCCAGCGCCUGCCGCAGAAACCCGCCGGUGAAAAGGUGACCAGCAGAUGCUCCUCCUCCUCUUCGUCUUCCUCCCCGACAAAGAAAAAGCAGCAUGUUAGAGAGCAGAGGCUGCGCUCCACCGUGAUGGCGCUCACCAUCUUGUACAUCGCGUGCAACCUGCCUGAGAGCAUUUGUAACAUCACGCUGGCGUACGUCUCCGAGCACGUGUCCGCCGCGCUCCCAGCUCUGGCUCUGCCAGCUCUGGGUCUGAUUGGACAGUUUUUGCUGUUCAUGCGUUGCUCGGCGACGCCGGUGUUGCUGCUGUUCCUUUGCCACUCGCUGGGUCAGGCCUUCAUGGACUGCUGCUGCUGCUGCUGUGAAGAGUGCCUCCCCGACGGCAACUCCUCUUCAUCCUCAUCUGCUUCGACCACCGCCACCUCCAACCUCUCCUCUCCCACAUCGCCCUCUCCCUCGUCCCUGUCUCCUUCCAGCAAAGAGGAGAUGAAGAGCAUGUUGGUGACAGAACCAGCAGUCUGCUACGACAGAGCAAAGGACUCCUCACCAGCUCUCGGGACGCCCUGCUGA